AUGGAAUACAAUAAUUAUAAACCAAUUAUUCAUGAAAUAUUUAUAAAGUUAGAUAGAGAAUUAAAGUCAAAAUCAUUGUUUGAUUUAUUAGAUGAAGUUGAAUUAUUAUAUGAAAAAUGUCAAUCAACAAAAGAUUUCAAAUUUUAUUUAAAAGGUUAUUUAGUAUUUAUUGUUAUUAUAACAACAUUUAUUGUAGUGAAUUUUCAAGGUUUUGAUAAGUUUAUUGAAACUAAUGAACAAGAUUUUAUAAUAUAUUUGAAUUUGUAUGAUUUUUAUAAUAUUGAUCAAAUUUUUAAAAAUGGUCAUUAUCAAAUAAAUUCAAAAGAUUUGAGGAAUUAUGUUAGAAGAUAUCUAGUGGAGCACAAUCAGCUUUCAUUCAAUAUCGAAGAAUUGUAUCAUUGGUUAAAUGAGUAUAUAAUAUAUUUAAAAGAAAAGGAUAAAGAAGAAGAUUUGGUAGAAUUCGAAAGCAGAUAUCCAGUCAUCAAUGGUACUGUACCAGAAAAAGCUCCAUAUCCAACAACACCAUUAGAAAGAGCUCCAUAUCCAGUUGAAAAUUCUUCAAAAAUUGCUCAUCUACCUUCUAAAUUACCUGAAAAACAAUCAAAUUCUAUUCCAAUAACAGCUCCAUUAACAGCUCCAUUAACAGCUCCAAUAACAGCUCCAAUAACAGCUCCAUAUACAAUACCUACUAAUGGGUUUCAUAAAUCAACUUUCAAUUCUGAUUCACAUCUACCACCUUCUAACUUUCAAAAACAGUCAAAUUAUACUUUGCAACAUUCUAAUUUACAUUACAAUGUACCGUUACACGUAUUAGCACAACAACAACAAAUCAAAUCAACUAAAAUUCACAUUUCAAAAGAAUAUGCAAUUUGUGGAUUAGUAAAUUUUGGUUCAUCAUGUUAUAUAAACUCAUCAAUUCAAUUAUUAUUUGGUAUACGUGCAUUUAAAAUGAUAUUUCAAAAACAUGGUAAUGGUUUAUUAUCAGAUGCUUUUGCUGGGUUAAUUCAAACUUUUGAAAGAAAUGGUGGUAGGUCAAUCUCUCCAACAAAGUUUUUAAAAGUUUGUGGUAGUUUAAAGUCUGAUUUCAACAUACCACAUGAACAACAGGAUGCACAAGAAUAUCUUUUGUUUAUAUUAGAUAGACUUAAUGAAGAGAUGAAUUCAAAAAAAACUAUAGAUAUUGAUAAUUACAUUUCAAAAUGGAAAAUAAAUAUAAAUAUUAAAGAACAGGAUCAAUAUAAAAAAUGGAUUGGAUUAUUAUUAGAACAAGGUACUUCUCCAAUUAAAGAUUUAUUUGAAGGUCAUAUAAAGAAUACAUUACAAUGUCAACGAUGUUUUUAUGAAUCAAUUAACUUUAAUCAAUUUAAUAUUUUAAGUUUACCAGCACAAAGAAAUUCAAAUUUAUCGGAUGUAUUAAGUCAAUUUAUAAAAGAUGAAGUAUUAGAUUCAUGGACUUGUCCAAAAUGUAAUGGUGAUAUACCAACUAUUGAAUCGACAGGAGUUUUUGAAACAAAAAAAUCAUUAUUCAAAAAGAAGAAAAAGGUUAAAAAAGAAAUUUCACAAUCAACAUCAAUUAAAAGUACUCAAUUUAUUAAAUUACCAAAUAUUUUAUUAAUUCAUAUUACAAAAUUAAAUUUAGAUGUUUUUAUAGAUUAUCCAUUAACUUUAAGUUUUAAUAAUAAUGGUCAUAAAAUAGUAUAUCAUUUAAGAGGUUUUAUAAAUCAUUAUGGUACUUUAAAAAGUGGUCAUUAUACUGCACUAGUUAAUAAAUCUCCAGAUAAUAAAUUUUGGUGUUUAUUUGAUGAUGAAAAUGUAAGACAAAAUAUUCAAGUGGGUUUUAAUGAAUUAAAUUCAAAGGAUAUAUUUGUUUUAUGUUAUGAACGAUAUAUAUAG